AUGAAAGCAUCUGAACUGGUCGCCCCAGAAGUCAACGAUAACAUCCCGGAAUUUGGCCCCGGGGAUACGGUACGGGUCAACUUCCGUAUCCGGGAAGGGGCUCGGGAGCGCGUGCAGGCGUUCCAGGGAGUUUGCAUCCGGCGCACCCACGGGACCGGGCCGGCCGCGAAUUUCACCGUGCGGCGCAUCACCGCCGGCAUUGGCAUUGAGCGCGUCUUCCCGCUGCAUUCCCCGCUGAUCGAGUCGCUGGAAGUGACGCGGCAGGGCAAGGUGCGACGGGCCAAGCUCUACUACCUGCGAGGGCGCCAGGGACGGGCCGCGCGCAUCAAGGAAAAGACGACUUACCGCACCAAUCGGUAG